AUGAAUAGUCUAUCUAUUGAGCAGCAGGCUCGCGCUGCCAAAGCAUACAUACUCCACGAGCUGGGAAAGACCAAAGAUGGUGUCUCGAUUCUCAAGGACAAAGAUUUCUCUGCUAGGCUCGACGCGAACUUUAUCACCAUCUUUGCCAUCUUUGCCGAGUUAUACGGCUAUCGGCAUGACUGUCUCGAUCAGCUCGUCGACCUAAUAACUAUGUGUGGAAAAAGCUGGCAGGACAGAACCCCUGAGUUAAAGAAGGUUGACAGACAGCGAGAACUCGACCCGGAGUGGUACCUCUCAAACCAGAUGUUGGGAGGAGUUUGCUACGUUGACCGCUAUGCUGGCAACUUGGCUGGUAUUAAGAAGCGCAUCCCCUACUUCAAAGAGUUGGGAUUGACUUAUCUACAUUUGAUGCCUCUCUUCUUGGCUCCCCAGCCUCUCAAUGACGGAGGGUACGCUGUCUCUAGCUACCGAGACGUGCAGCCCGAAUUAGGGACUAUCGAGGAGCUCAGAGAUCUCGCCACUGAGCUGAGGAAGGCUGGGAUCAGCUUAGUGCUUGAUCUGGUCUUUAAUCAUACCUCCAAUGAGCAUCGCUGGGCAAAGAAAGCAGCCGAGGGCGAUCCUGAGCAUUCCGCCAUGUAUUGGAUCUUCCCUGAUCGAAAUGUUCCCUCAGCAUUUGAACGGUCCACGCGCGAAAUCUUUCCGGAUGAUCAUCCUGGCUCUUUCAUCCAACUUCCGGACGGCCGAUUUGUCUGGUCGACGUUCUAUCAUUUUCAAUGGGAUCUGAACUACUCGAAUCCAGCCGUAUUCAGGGCCAUGGCUGGGGAGAUGCUGUACCUGGCCAAUGUGGGUGUCGACCUCUUCCGGAUGGACGCCGUCGCAUUCAUGUGGAAACAGAUGAACACAGACUGUGAGAAUCUGCCAGAGGUUCACAAGUUGCUCCGAGCUUUCAACGCCCUUUGUCGGAUUGCGGCGCCGUCAGUGCUUUUCAAAUCCGAGGCCAUUGUCCAUCCCGACUUUGUGGUACAAUACAUUGACCGGUACGAGUGCCAACUAUCUUAUAAUCCGCUCCAGAUGGCCCUGACGUGGGAAGCACUGGCAACUAGAGAUGUGUCGAUGCUGUCCCAGGCGAUUGAGCGCAGACACAAUAUCGCUCGAGGCUGUGCUUGGGUCAAUUACGUCCGAUCUCACGACGACAUUGGCUGGACAUUCUCCGAUGAAGACGCAAAAGAACUUGGCCAGGAUGGUCGAAAUCACAGAAAGUUCCUCAAUGCGUUCUUCGUGAACCGCCACCCCGGGAGCUUUGCUCGAGGCGUGCCAUUUCAGGACAAUCCAAAGACCGGCGACUGCAGGAUAUCUGGCUCCACGGCUUCGUUGGCCGGCUUGGAGUCGAUGCAAGAUCAUGCCAUUGAGCGGAUCUUGCUCGCAUACUCGAUCGCCAUGAGUACCGGCGGGAUCCCGCUCAUCUAUUUGGGAGACGAAGUCGGUCAACUCAACGACUAUAGCUACCUCAACGAUCCCGCUAAGAUGGAUGACAGCAGAUGGGUGAAUCGGCCCUGGUAUCCCGAACAGCGCUAUGCCGAGCGACACGACGUCAACACCAUCCCAGGACUGAUAUAUGCGGGAAUGAAGCAUCUCAUCCACCUGCGCAAGACCACAGAGGAGCUUGCAGGAGGAAGAGCGAUUGGGUUUUACACGGGCAAUCCCGCCAUCCUUGGGUAUCAACGACCAGGCGCAAACUCUAGCGUAUUGUGUCUCUGCAACUUCUCGGACGAAGCCCAGUGGAUCGGACGGGAUAGGUUCAUGGGAAUGCCUGCUGAGACGAAGGAUCUGGUGAGUGGAUAUAUGAUCAACUUGCGGAACGCGGGAAUCCAUAUGAAACCGCACCAGUUCUUGUGGUUGAGGUUUUGA